AUGUUUAGUAUUUCAUGGGGAUAUUCACGCUUAAAAGUACUAUUGAUAGUCUGAACACUUCAUGCUUAUAUCUUUUUAUUUUAAGGAUGGAUGGAUAACUUGAGAAAACAUAAGGACACUGCUAAGGGACUAGUAAUGAAUUAAGUUGGGGGGUGUUGAUAACCUGAUAUUUAUGUUGAUUAUUCCUUACAUUUCAUCUGGUUUUUGUUUAUUUAAAUCCUGAAAAUAUCAUGUUAUUAAGAAAAUGAUUUAAAUAUUUUUGGAUUUGCAUUAAUUUCACUAUUUGCACACUAUGUAUGAAUUUUGCAUAAUUUUUGACUAACCCUACUUGACUUCAUUAAAGUCAAGCAGUUUUAUUACUAAUAAAUAUUUUCAAGUUUUCAUGCAUGCAGAAUUUAACAGAAAUCAACAAUAAAUUAAGAGCAUUUUAGUGGACGAAAGUUAGCUUAAUGGGCUAGUAGUACUUUGGAGGAAUUUCGGAUUUGGAUCUUCAAAGAGAAAUUAGAGGAGGUUCGGGGGCCAUGUCCAGGCCCAUUUAGACCCGCCUAAGUCCGUAGAGGAAGCGAUGUAGAAAUUUAUGGAGAGAGACUAGGGAAUUAUGAAGGGGCAUUUUAGUCAUACUUACCCUUGUAUAAAGACUCUCUUCCUCCCUCUUUCCCAUCCCAUUCUGGACGUGCUCUAGCAACGGCUAGCUAGUAGGACAAGACAUUCUCCAGGAUUUGAGGUAUCCACCUUGAUAGAUGUAAGUCGUUUUGACGCGUUCACUCUUGUUCUUCUCCUUCUUGCAGUGAAAAACGCCUGAUCCUAGCGGAAUAUAAGGAUCCAAGAAGAGGAAGGAGUCUUGAGGGCUCAAAGGACGAACAUCAGCACCCAUUUUCUGCUGUUUCCCAUCGCUGUCUUCCGUUCUGCCCCCUCCAGCUGCUCCACGUUUUCCUCUGUUUUCACCCAUCGUUCCUUCUCUCUGCGCCUUCUCCCGAAGCCUCCGUCUCUUCCCGCCGUCUCCUGUCGCACCGGCUGGCGAAAUGCUCCCUGUCACUCGCUACGUGCCCGUCGCUCCUCGUCUCUCUCGUUCACCGAACACCACUGCCGCCUAUCGCAAGUAGCCGCACGUCCGCUGAGCGCCGCCGCGUGCCCAUCGCCAGCCGCCCCACGUCUGCCGACCACUGCCGUCGCCUUUCGCCAGCCGCCAUGCACUCGCUGCCGGUCUCUGUGAGCCUGUCGCUCUCUCUCUCUCUCUCCCUACCCUUCCAGAUGUAACCGAAAGUCCCAAAUUUCAGAUAGGUCCGGAACGGUCACAAGAGAUUUGCAACCCGCGCAGCCCAUCCUUGGACCCGACUGUCAACUGCCAAGGUAAGUUAUUUUAGUGGAUCGACCCCUUAUUCGCCCUACAUGUCUAAUAUAGAGUAACUAAGUAGAAAAUUUAUUAUUGAUUAAGUUUGAAUUAAAAUAGCAACAUAAAAACCCUUAAAUUUGGACUUAUCAAACAAUUGGAGACACUAGUGUGGCAGCUUGAUUUCGUUUGGACAUGUCACACCACACCAAAAGUCAUUUAAGUAUCUUCUGAAAGUAUUGUGCUGCUCACUGGAGAGAUCCAUUGAAGGAGGGGUCGACCACGCUGUCACUAUCAUCUUGGAAGAGAAGGGAAGAGUUGACCACUCACGAGAGGCCUUGAGUAUAGUCAAGGGAGGAAGGAACAAGUUUUGCCAAUCACUAGAGACAUUGAUUGUACAAAAAGAGGAAGGAAACGAAUUGUCAUUUUCACGUUAA